CACACUGGCCUCUUGUAGGCUGCUACGCACGUAGCGUAUAAUGACGGCAAUGACCUCUACCAGCAGUGACAUUGUUCCAGCUGGUACAGUGAUCAAAGAACGAUGGCGAGUGUACAAGAAAAUCGGUGGUGGCGGAUUUGGGGAAAUCUAUGAAGCCAUAGAUAUGGUCACUCAACAGAAAGUCGCAGUGAAGGUUGAAUCAGCACAACAACCCAAACAAGUGUUGAAAAUGGAGGUUGCCGUUCUGAAACGUCUUCAAGGUCGAGCACAUACCUGCCGAUUUAUCGGUUGUGGACGCAAUGAACAAUUCAAUUAUAUUGUGAUGAGCUUACAAGGCAAGAACCUCGCGGACCUUAGGCGCUCAACACGACGCGGUUGCUUUACCAUCAGUACAACUGUUCGACUUGCACGCCAAAUGUUAGUCGCCAUUGAAAAUGUGCAUAAUGUUGGUUUUCUCCAUCGGGACAUCAAGCCGUCGAAUUUCGCUCUUGGCACAGGCAUCGGACCUGGUGCCGUCAAUCCACGACACAUAGUUCUACUUGACUUUGGUUUGGCCCGACAAUAUACAACAGCCAAUGGCGAUAUACGAGCUCCCCGUCAGGUAGCUGGCUUCAGAGGGACUGUUAGGUAUGCUUCUGUGAACGCACAUCUCAACAAGGAACUUGGUCGUCAUGAUGACCUUUGGUCCCUUUACUAUAUGCUCGGCGAAUUCAUCGUCGGUGAACUCCCAUGGCGAAAAAUCAAGGAUAAGGAGCAAGUGGGAUUGAUGAAACAGACCUUUGAUCACAACCAGCUUUUGAAAUUCAUGCCUCGUGAGUUCCGGUCCUUCUUAGAACAUAUACAGAGUCUUACUUAUUUCGAUCGCCCGGACUAUAUGUAUCUACACUCUUUAUUAAACGCGUACAUGGAGCGCCGUAAAAUCAGCGAAUCGGAUCUGUUCGAUUGGGAGACCACUACAGACUCGGCACCUGGUACAGGUGCAAGUGAAACCAAUCAACAUCAUACAAACGUUGUCGCUCAACAGGCUGCACAAACCGGCGCGUCUGCACCACAACCCCCGGCCGAAACGGCAAAGUUACGUAAGGCUACAGCUGUAUCGGCCCUCGGUCACAGUAGACCUCAUGCUUCCGGUGCAGCCGGCGCCGGACUUGCUGGAUCCAGUGGUUACAUCAGUGCCGCAAGAUUGGCAGGCAGUAGCUCCAAUUUAGCAGCAAUUGCACCGGGCGCGAUAACCUCGAUCGGAAACCUUGGUAAAUCUUUUGACGGAACUGGUGCACAUGGGGGCUCUAACAGUGCAGUACCUCGUGUAACGUGUAGCUCGACAUAUCAACAUCGUAUGAUGCCGGAAGACCUUGCGGUGAAUAACAAUGUCCAACAGCAACAAAGCAAUAACACUCCACGAAAAUUGGUAUCCGGAGGUGGCCUCCGCAGUCAGCGCCCAGCAACCACUCCUCGUCUGGUCAAGGAGGCGGGAGCUGCACGAGCUCGUGAAGCCGCCGGAAGAGAUUCCAUCAAGAAUGAUAAUCUUCAAACACCAAAUUCACACGGUGUCUGCCUUUCACCAUCAAGAGGCGGGGGAAACACUGACUCCGGAUGUCAGCCAACAGAAUCCUCGAUACCAACCAGCCACAGAGCUCCUGAUCCCGGUAGACUGCAGCCUAGUGGCACCAGUGUGAACCCGCGUCGUCCAAUUAGUGCCGGAGGAUCACAAAUGCGUAACAGUGGAAGUACCGCAAGCGUCAUUGGUUUGGGUACUGGAACUAGAUGUGAUACGAGCUGUACGCAUGCUGUUAUUGUUAUGGUGGACCAGGGAGAAAAUAGCAACUACCAUGACAUGACGAAAGCGGCUCCGCUAACCCUUGCUAGUCACUGGGUAGCUGGCGGAGAAGAAGGCGAAGAAGGUUCAGAUAUAUCCGAAAAUGACGCAAAUGGAGCUAAGAAUGAACGGUCGCCUAGUGAGUCACAUGGUCAAAAUGGGGACCGUGCUCUACCAGGCCCUGUCUACAAGGGUUGCACGGGCGAUGUCAAUGGAACAAUCGAUGCCAGUCGGGGGUUGCUAGAUGGUAAAGUUAUCAAAGUUGCCCCGGAAAUUGGAAACAAUAAUAACAACUAUUUUUACAACGGUGACCUCGAUGUUGACAGCCAGCGACCAAUCCAGCCCCCGCCAAUGGAUGCGAAGCCAUCUGGGCAUAGCCGUUCUUCAGAUCAGUUCUCGAGCGAAGAAGCUCAGAACAGUCCCCUCCGUGGUUCUAUUGGCCUAUUCGAUUCCAACAUAAUACCGAUGCUUCAGCAAGGUGGUUCCACUGACAGGGAUCAUUCAAGCCGCCGUCAGAAUGCGCAGUCCUACUCUGGUGUGGCACGUAAACUAAGUGGAUUUCGCCGGCAACCUCCUAAACCACGAAUGCUAUCACAAUUUUCUGCGUAUGAGCGAAAUUCACCUGUUGAGCCCAACAGAACUGGUCGUGUCGGACUGCCUAUGUCAUCACGUCUAUUACCUGAUCCGAGUUCCUUAGAAUGGAGUGCUUCCCAGUACGAAGGUGAUUUCAACCAGAACACUAGAUCCCGCAAGUCGUCGCACGGUCCCACAGACAGCAAUGGACAUGACAACAUCCAUCCCCGGUAUCGUAAUGAAUCUAACUGGCUCUCAGGUGGGGCCGAAGUCAGUGAUGCCGAUGAUGAAGAUCAAGAGGAAGAAAACGAAGAGGUUUCUAUUAACGAAACAUCGGACCGCCUGAGUAUGGCUCCUCUUAAUUAUCCGGCAUGGCGGACCAAUGUGCGCAGUAACCGUUUUCCGACUCCGGCUAGACUCACAUAUUUGGGAAACCAACCUAGUUCCGGUUCCGCGAACGAAAUGAAAUCGACCUUCUCUCGGCCAACUGCCCUACCCAAAACCUAUUCUUCCUCACCUGUUUAUAUUGUUGCCAGCUCAAACGAGCCAUCUAGAUCCCGGUUGAAAAUGGCUCCGGAUACCGACGAACAGGAAAACAAUCACUCAACUGUCCAUCCCACUCGCCCGAUCUCCAGCUGCGACGUUGAUGCGCCCUACCGAACACAGUUACACUUUUCGCCAUCAAUCCCCAAACCCCUUACGCCUAUAUCACGUGAGCACUAUGCACACUAUCGACCACGUCCUUCAAACCUCAGGAGACAACCAGAACGUCGUAUCGGUGGACUCCAUGUCCGAAGGCCAAGUAGCAAGACAUCUGAUCUGUUCGACCGUCCUGUAUUUUCUACGUCCGAGCACAAUUUGUUGGUCUAUAACGAUGGUGCACCUGAUGACGAUGAUGAAGACAACGAUCAGCUAUGCUUAUCUGCUAAAGAAGAUGAUGCCUACUUGGUUCCAGAAUGCAACCAGGAUGCUAAUUAUUCUCCAUUCACUCCGUCCAAGGAGCAGCCAUUCCUCCUUCGUUUGCCUUUCAUCCAGAACUCACAGCCGCUCACUCUCUUCAACGCACCGACUGCCCUUGCCCAAUGCUCGGAAGAUCACCUAUCUAUGAUAUUUCCCAAUAGGCCUACGUACGCAAUCGAUACAUAAGGUCUCUAACUGAAUAAUUUAUUUAUGCUGCAAAACUUCCCGCCCCCUUCCCCCAUCCAUGAGUCCGGCUCACUUAUUUCGAGCUUACUACUUUUCUUUCAGUUCAAGUUUAUUCAAACAGCUAAUUUUGGUUUAUCCAUGCGCCAAAUGAUGCAAAUUUUCGGGUGUCUUACGCGCACCCUUUUCUUUUGGUUUCUUUUUCGUUUCCGACAUCUUGUAACGGUUUCCUCUUUCGCCAAUCGACAAAGGGCUAGUCCACAGUAGUAGCAUACCGUUAAGGCUGAGCUGUCACGCCAGUUUCUACUGUUAUAGGGGAAAGGCUUGAUGUGGUUCUAAACCUCGCCCGUACAUGUGACCGCGAUUUUUCUUGUGUACCGCUUCUUCCCAUUAACUUUCCAAUCAUCGGAUUGGGUUCUUUUUCUCUUGCUGUUGUUUCCCAUUUCGUUUGUGUUUGGAAGCGUAGGCCAGUGUGGCUGUGUCACUUCAGUGUACGCUCUACAUAUCAUUUGCGUUCCUCCUUUCUGCAUUUCUAUUUGUCACAGUAUCAUUCUGUGAUUUUAGCUCCAUUCUAUUCUUAAGUUUGCACCAUGCUCCCUCCCACCGAGUGCGGGGUUAACCUGACAUGUAAUUGUUUUUUUUUCUCCACCGGAACAAGGUCACUGACGACGCCUACGCAGAUCAUCAUCACUGUGACCGCUUGCGAUGAGCGUAUUUCUUUUUCACAGCAACCUAUCACCAGAUGCUAAUCCCACACUAGUCGAUUUUUUUGAGAAACGACUUCCCAUUCUACCACAGUCUUUCAAAGGUCCUAAGGUUCUUUUUUUUCGCUCAUCACAGUGGCCAUUUCCUCUGUGACAGACGAUAACUGUGGGUUUCUUUUCGAGCACCACCUACACACACAAACCUAUGUUUAAUCCAUCGCAAACUGUGACGAGCUGCUGUUCAGCAUUCCAGCAUUUAACUGACUGAAAGUGCACCCGCACCUGUGGCCGGCCGUCUUUCUUAAAGAGCCAAACGGCGGUACCUCAUACCUGGUGUUCUCACGGAUCAGAACACCUGUGUACAAAUCACUACCCUCUGUUUUCAGUAGUCCCUGCAGUAUCUUGGCCAUCCGACCUUUCCGUGGUCUCUGCGUCCAGUAGUAGUAUGUUUUUACACUGUGUACAAAGUGUGCAAACGCCAUGCUUCCUUUUCGGUGGCUGUUGUGAGCUGUGUUCCUGAAACCCA